UACCAAUUUCUCAAGUAGUCUCACUAACCUCAUUAUAACAAAUUGCCCACCUCUUCUGAAACUCAAUAACAUUUAUCUACCAUUUUCUAACCUCUGAAUUUUCUAUUUCCCACCUAACUCUUAUUCUCCCCUUACUAUUUAUUACCACUAAAUUUCUUCAUUCAUCUACCAUUCUUCUCUCAUUUUCUUCUCUCUAAAUUACCAGAAAAAUUUACUCCUCCAUUUUCAAACAACAAAAAAAUGAGUAUGGCAGCUAUUCAAAGUAAACCAAUUGAUUCAGAAAUCUCAUCUCUAAAAUCACCAACUUCAUCAAAAACAGAGGAUCAUAAAACAGAGCAUAUCUUUAAAUCAAGACUACCUGAUAUACACAUCAAAAAUAACCUCCCACUUCAUUCUUACUUGUUUGAAAAACUCCCUGAGACCUCAGGGAGACCAUGUUUGAUUUCGGGCCGAACCGGGAAAAUUUACUCUUAUGCUGAUACCCAUCUCAUUUGCCGGAAAACUGGUGCCGGAUUAUCAAAAUUUGGCCUUAAAAAAGGUGAUGUUGUGAUGAUUUUACUUCCAAAUUGUCCUGAAUUUGUGUUCACAUUCUUUGGAGCUUCAAUGAUUGGUGCAAUAUCAACAACUGCUAAUCCAUUUUAUACUUCUUCUGAGAUUUUCAAGCAAGUUAAAGCUUCUGAUACCAAAAUGAUCAUUACUGAAUCUCAAUUUGUUGAUAAACUUAGAGAAAAUCAAGAGUUUAAGAUUGGUGAAGAUUUUAAAGUUUUCACAAUUGAUGAUGCAGAGAAUGAAAACCCACCUGAGAAUUGUCUGAAUUUCUCAAUUCUAUCGGAAACAGAUGAAUCUGAUUUACCCGAAAUCGAAAUCGAUCCUAAUGACCCUGUUGCCCUGCCAUUCUCAUCAGGAACAACAGGGUUACCAAAAGGUGUGAUCUUGACCCAUAAAAGUUUAUCAACUUGUGUUGCACAACAAGUUGAUGGUGAAAACCCAAAUAUGAAUUUAACAACAGAAGAUGUUUUGCUUUGUGUUCUUCCUCUAUUUCAUAUUUUCUCAUUAAAUUCAGUGUUAAUGGUAGCAUUAAGAUCAGGAAGUGGGAUCUUAAUCAUGCCUAAAUUUGAUAUAAAUUCAUUGUUAGAGUUGAUUCAGAAGCAUAAAGUGUCGGUAGCAAUGGUAGUUCCACCAUUAGUGUUAGCAUUAGCUAAGAAUCCAAUGGUUGAAAACUUUGAUUUGAGCUCCAUUAGAAUGGUUAUGUCUGGUGCUGCACCUCUUGGUAAAGAACUUGAAGAUGCUCUUAGAGAAAGAAUUCCUCAGGCUAUUUUGGGUCAGGGCUAUGGAAUGACGGAAGCCGGACCAGUAUUGUCCAUGUGCCCAGGAUUUGCCAAGGAGCCUCUCCCAACGAAGGCGGGCUCGUGUGGUAUUGUUGUUAGAAACGCUGAAAUGAAAAUUGUUGAUCCUGAUACUGGUGCCUCUGUUGGCUACAAUGAGCCCGGAGAGAUUUGCAUUCGUGGUGAACAAAUCAUGAAAGGUUACUUGAAUGAUCCAGCUUCAACAGCAGCAACAAUCGACGUUGAAGGUUGGCUUCACACCGGUGAUAUAGGAUAUGUUGAUGAUGACGAUGAAGUUUACAUUGUUGAUCGAGUUAAGGAGAUCAUUAAAUACAAAGGAUUUCAGGUUCCACCAGCAGAAUUAGAGGCCCUUCUAAUUAACCAUCCAUCAAUUGCUGAUGCUGCUGUCGUCCCUCAAAAGGAUGAAGCUGCUGGGGAAGUUCCUAUUGCUUUUGUAGUUAGAUCUACUAAUGGAGUAGAUCUUACAGAAGAAUCAGUUAAACAAUACAUUGCCAAGCAGGUUGUAUUUUACAAGAAGCUUCACAAAGUGUACUUCAUACAUGCCAUUCCUAAAUCUGCCUCCGGGAAAAUUCUUAGGAAAGAGCUCCGAGCUCGCCUCGCCGCCUCGCCUGCCACCACUCUUUAAAUUUUUAUAUGGUUGAACAAAUAAUUAUGUGAAUUAAUUUGUAUUAUCAUAGUUAAAUUAAUUGUAAGUUAUACCUGAUAAAAUGAUAAUUAUGUGAAAUGCAAUGCUGAGGUGCUGAGCAAGUCUACCACACUCAAGUCUCAACAAAAACAAUCAUCAAGACAAUCCAGCAUAUAUGUCAUGUGAAAAUGAUCAUUAUUAUUGUAGCUGAAUUUUUACUCCAUUUUUUGUAACUUUUUUUGGUUUCUUUGGUCUGUUAGAGUUGUGAUUUUUUGAUUGCUUUGUUUGCAAAAAUAAAUAUUCUAUAUUAUAGAGGGAAAUAAUAAGGGGAGAUUAAUUAAUGUUCUUGUGAUCCUCUCUUAAGUCUUAACUUUUAACAUGUUGUAUACAAUGAUUAUAUCAAUAAAUGUGAAUUUGUUCCUUUUCAA